UACAGCAUCUACGUCUACCGCUAUUUUCUCUACCAAUGGGGCGAACUGUGCUUCAUGGCCAUGGACGACUCCCUCGCCGACCCCAUGGUCGGGGUCGUCGUCUCCAAGCUGGAGCCGCAUCGCGGCGGGCCCUUGCGCGGAUACAUCGCCAUGUUGGCCACGCGCGAGGAGUAUCGCGGGCGCGGGAUAGCCACGAAGCUGGCUCGGAUAGCGAUCGAUGCGAUGAUCGAGAGAGAGGCGGAUGAGAUCGUCCUCGAAACCGAAACCACAAACACCGCGGCCAUCAAACUCUACGAGCGAUUGGGCUUCCUCCGGAGUAAGCGUCUCCAUCGGUACUAUCUGAACGGCAACUCGGCGUAUCGUCUGGUCUUGUAUCUCAAGGAAGGGGUGGGGUCGAUGCGCACUAGCAAUGUCGAUCCGUAUGGCCCGCCGCCCAUGUCGGGGCCGCUGUACCCCGUGGAUGCGAACGCGGGGCCCAGUGCCAAUGUGAAUGUGAAUGCGAAUGCGAAUGCGAGGGCGGAGGGGUUAGCCGCACCGGAGCCGGCGUUGUUGCAUGAGAAUGGGAAGGGGGUGUGGUAGGGUUGGGUGAUGAUAAUUAAUUGACUAUGACUGUAAUGACUAUGCAUGUUAUGAUUGGAUUGGGGAUGGGGGGGAUGGGUGGAUGGUGAGGGGGUAGAUAGAUGUAUAUACUAUAUUGACUGGUUGCAUUGCGCGAGGGAGGAUGGGAUGGGAGCUAUGUACAAGAAGUGGCUGGUUGGUUGCCUGUGCAUACUGUGUAUGGCCAAGGUGCUAUGCUAUGCUAUACUAUGCUAUACAUGUUAUGCGUGUACAUGAGCUGCUCGCUACUGUUAUCACAGCAUUGUCAAGAAGGAUCAAGGGAAUAGACAUGACACAUGAUACAGAGUAAUAU